CUCGAAGCUUAUAGCUAAAUAAUUUAGUAUCUUCUACAAACUUACACACAAAGACACAUUUUUGAAAAUGGCCGACAAACCAAAACGCCCGCUCUCCGCUUACAUGCUGUGGCUGAACAGUGCUCGUGAGUCGAUCAAACGUGAGAGUCCCGGCAUCAAAGUUACCGAAGUUGCUAAGCGCGGUGGCGAAUUAUGGAGAGCCAUGAAGGACAAGUCGGAGUGGGAGGCAAAGGCAGCCAAGGCCAAGGACGAUUACGAUCGUGCCGUUAAGGACUUUGAGGCCAACGGAGGCAGCAGUGCAGCAGCCAAUGGCGGUGCCAAAAAGCGUGCGAAACCCGCAAAGAAGCCAGCGAAAAAAAGCAAAAGGGAUGACUCCGACGAUGAUGAUGAUGAUGAGAGCGAAUAGAGAUGAUUAUUGAUCUUCAGGCCGCAGUCAAAACAAAAUACACAAAUCACACACAACACACACAACGUCAUCCGUGGUGGAACUGUCUGUCAAUCAAUAAGUCAAUCGCAUUUUGUUUAAUCUUCACCCACCACACCACAAACUCCACAUCUACACACACACAGAAACACAAACACAUACCCUACCUAAAAAUAAAACCCAUUCUAAAUAGCAUAGAAUACACUGAGAUGCCCCAAUAAAUAAGAAAGAAAGAAACCGUUAAAACAGGAAAGUUGCGAAUGUAAAGAAUACCAACAAACGACACACAUAAGCAAAAUUGUAUUUAUACAUAAGAUUUUAAGUUUAUAGUAGGCGUUUCUUUAAAUACAAACAAUUUUUAAGUCGAGUUCAAAGCGAAGAUUUGCCGCCCAAACAAAAGAUGCAAAACGAGUUGGCGGCAUCAAAACAAUGAUCUAUUUGUGUAUCUUGCAUAAAAAUUUGUAAAUUAAACGAUAACGUAAUUCCAUUAUAAAUAAAAACUAUAAAAAUCGAUA